GCUCCUGAUGCCGCAAAGGAAGCUUAUACUUGAUGGGCUUUGGUAUUGCCUCUGUCCAUCAUUCAACGCGACUUUGCAACGUCCUGGAGUUUCUCUUAUCAAGGGAAAGCGAGAUCUACAAAGUGGCAGACUGCCCACUCGGACCCCUCUACCGCGAAGAUGUUAUGGCACCAGCAACCCGGCCGGUGCUGACAAUAGGUCUAAUGGCACAAAAACAGCACCGGAUAAUGUCUCAACUACGGAUUCUUCGACUGAGCAACGGAAUUCCUAUAACGAGCAGUGCGCACCGUCGAAGACCGAAACACACCCAGACCAUUUCAUCGGGGUACCAGAAAACCUCGCGGGGCAAUCUACGGCGAAUCUCGAGUCGAAACUGAAGGAAUUAUCACCUCGCGGGCCCCGGGUUCAUAGCACGAUGCAAAUACUACAUACGUUGGUUAGGAUGCGCCAUGUUCGGCCGGGGGUGCGCCAUUAUCGAGCGUUGAUUCUGGCGAAUGCGGACCCGGAGCGCGGGUCGCCGGAUGUGCUGCGUGGGUUACUUAAGGAGAUGGAGAAGAAUGGUAUUCCGGCGGAUUCGGGGACGCUGCAUGCUACGCUGCAGGUACUUGCCGUUCAUCCCGAUUACCUCCUUCGCCAGGACAUCUUACGGACGUUGCGCGAUAGAUGGCUCCCCUUGAGUCCCACCGGAUGGCAUUGGGUUGUGGCUGGUCUUCUACGGGAGAACCAGUUUGAGUUGGCACUGGAUCAUAUUGCGCAUAUGGAAAGGAAGGAUAUCGUGGUUCAGGAUUGGCUACAUGGCUUGCUCAUCUAUAACCUCUGCGAAUUCGAAGAGUUUGACGAGGUAGCUCGGUUGAUGCAGUCUCGAGUUAACCAGGGCCAUGAUAUGUCGUUGGAACUGUGGCGGCAUGUGCUGGACGUCGCGAGUACGGCUCAGCAUGAGGAGGCUACUCGCUUCGUCUGGGCCCAAAUGGUACAGUUGGGAUACCUUCAACCGUCUCGUGAGAUCUGUAUUAAGGUCCUGACUAUGGCAUCUCGUGCGGGAGACGCCGACUUGGCAGCGUCGGUUGUUGGGUUCCUGGCAGACUCUGGGGUCAAACUUGAGCAGAAGGAUUACGAGAAUUUGGUGGAGACUCAUACCACAGCCGGUAGCCUGAUGUUGGCGUUUGGAGUCAUGUGCUCGAUGCGCAAAGCUGGCAUGGUCCUGGCAGAGAACACCACGCGUUCCGUCCGUACAUAUAUGAUUCAGACGAAAAUUCGGCCGCGCGACGCAUGGGAAAUGCUCAAGCGGUUGAAAGCAUCGAAGCAUGAUAUCCCGCCCGAGUGCGCCCGGGUUGUCAUCGAGCUGUGCGACCAUGAAGCACAGGACGACCCGUUUGCGGUGGACGAGGGGGUGGAACUGUACAAAGACCUGUACACAUUAUGCCCUGGGGGAGCCGACGUUGCUAUCUACAACACCCUCGUCAGCAUGUGCCGCCACGCACAGAACCGCGAAGCAGCCAUGUUCGUCGUGAAGGAAAUGGCCUCUCUCGGAGUGGUUCCCAACGCGACGACCUUUGAAAGCCUCAUCCUCAUGUGUCUUGACGCAGGCAACUACGAGUCCGCCUAUCUCUACUUCCAAGACAUGCUCGAGCGCGGCUUCACACCAGACGAAGAAGCAAAAACCGAAAUCCGCGACCAGUGUACCGGGGCCAGCGACAAGUUCGCCGUCCAGUUGAAGUACCACCCCAACAUCCGUGGGGAUCUAGUCCGCACCAAGGAACCGGGGGAUACAUUGGUACCGAAAGAUCGGAUCAAGAAGCCCUCAUCGCCGCCUGCGCGAUAUGUCCAGGCUCCCAAGGAGAGCUGGAUUAUUCCAAACUUGUCGAAAGACGAGCGCCGGGCUGUCACUAAGGCGCGAAGAAAGGCGAAGAGGCGACGGAUGGCGAUUGCUCGGGGGAAAGCAGACGAGGGGUGGAUGGAACAUGAGGCCGGGGGGUUAGAGCCAGAGGUCAAGGUUUGAUGUACUAUACUCUAUACACCGUGUAACCGUACGAUACUGCCUAAGACACAUCCAUACUAUUGUCUGGACUAUUCCGUACCUGAAUCUCCAACGGAAAGCGCCCGACUCGGAACUAAGAAUAGCCAGACCCAGUCGGGAACCCGAGCUUGUUGCAUAAUUAUUCGGUGGAUCCGGUUCACCAUACUACGGAGUACUAUGACUCUUCGACUCGC